GUGGUGGCGGUGGAGGAGGAGGUAGCCGCGAGGAGGAACGGCGCAAGCUGGCCGAUAUCAUUAACCACUGGAACGCGAACCGGCUGGACCUGUUUGAGAUCAGUCCCCCCACUGAGGAUCUGGAAUUCCAUGGAGUUAUGAGGUUUUAUUUUCAAGACAAAGCAGCGGGAAAUUUUGCAACAAAGUGUAUCCGUGUGUCUAGCACUGCCACAACUCAGGAUGUGAUAGAAACACUUGCUGAAAAAUUCCGGCCAGAUAUGCGAAUGUUAUCAUCUCCAAAAUAUUCACUUUAUGAGGUGCACGUCAGCGGAGAAGAAAGAAGAUUGGACAUAGAUGAGAAGCCUCUAGUUGUACAAUUAAAUUGGAACAAAGAUGAUCGUGAAGGAAGAUUUGUGCUUAAGAAUGAAAACGAUGCACUCCCUGCCAAGAAGGCUCAGAGCAAUGGCCCUGAAAAACAAGAAAAAGAAGGAGUGAUCCAAAACUUUAAGCGGACCCUAUCAAAGAAGGAAAAAAAAGAAAAAAAGAGGCGAGAAAAAGAAGCACAGCAACAAGCUUUAGACAAUCAUGGGCCAUUUCAUGGAGAUGAUAUUGAAAAUUCUCGUCUUGCAGCAGAAGUCUACAAAGAUAUGCCUGAAACCAGUUUCACUCGAACAAUAUCCAACCCAGAAGUGGUAAUGAAACGACGAAGACAACAGAAGCUAGAAAAAAGAAUGCAAGAAUUUCGGAGUUCUGAUGGCAGGCCAGAUUCAGGUGGAACACUAAGAAUUUAUGCAGAUAGUUUGAAACCAAAUAUACCGUACAAGACAAUCCUACUGUCUACUACAGAUACUGCAGAUUUUGCAGUUAUUGAGGCCCUGGAGAAGUACAGCCUAGAAAAGGAAAAUCCCAAGGAUUAUUGUAUUGCUCGUGUUAUGCUUCCUCCUGGUGCUCAACAUUCUGAUGAUAGCGGUGCUAAAGAAUCUAUCCUUGAUGAUGACGAGUGUCCGCUUCAAAUAUUCAGGGAAUGGCCAAGUGACAAAGGAAUAUUAGUCUUUCAGUUAAAAAGGCGGCCACCUGAUUAUGUCCCAAAGAAACUGAAGAAGCAAGUUGAUGUAAAACUAUUAAAAGGAAAGGAAAGAAUUGAUAGAUCUGGUUAUGGCUCUUCUCUUCCACCUGAGAAACUACCUUAUCUGGUUGAACUAAGUCCAGAUGGUUCUGACUCCAGAGAUAAACCAAAGCUCUAUCGUUUGCAACUGAGUGUGACAGAAGUUGGUACAGAAAAAUUUGAUGACAACUCCAUUCAGUUAUUUGGUCCAGGAAUUCAGUCACAUCACUGUGACCUUACUAACAUGGAUGGAGUUGUUACAGUUACUCCCAGAAGCAUUGAUGCUGAAACUUACGUAGAAGGUCAGCGGAUCUCUGAAACCACUAUGCUGCAAAGUGGUAUGAAAGUUCAGUUUGGGACCUCUCAUGUAUUUAAAUUUGUGGACCCCAUUCAAGAUCACAUUCCUAAAGGACGUCUAGAUGCAGGUCACAUGGUCAAAAGUUCACAUCUCAAACCUGGAGGUGUACAAGAAACUACUUUUGAUUUGGAAGGAGACAUCCAAAGUGUAACAGGAUUAUCUUCAAGCAAGAGCAUCAAUAGAUUGGACUGUGACAGAAUGUCAACUUCUAGCACAGCUGAACGAAGCAUGGUGAAACCAAUGAUCAGAAUAGAACAGCAGGAUUACCACAAACAGGAUGGCAGACUUCAGGAUGCACAUGGUCCAGAAUUGAUACUACCUGCAAGCAUUGAGUUCAGAGAAAACUCUGAGGAUACUUUUUUGUCUGCCAUCAUCAAUUACACCAAUAGCUCAACAGUUCAUUUUAAGCUAUCGCCUACUUAUGUUCUGUACAUGACAUGUCGGUAUGUAUUAUCAAGCCAGUACAGACCUGACAUCAGUCCCGCUGAACGAACUCACAAAGUCAUUGCAAUAGUCAACAAGAUGGUGAAAAUGAUGGAAGGAGUUAUACAAGAGGUAGACCAGGUUGAUCAGAAACAGAAGAAUAUUGCUGGGGCACUUGCUUUUUGGAUGGCUAAUGCAUCUGAGUUGCUAAACUUUAUUAAGCAGGAUCGUGACUUAAGCCGAAUCACAUUAGAUGCUCAAGAUGUUUUGGCACACCUAGUUCAGAUGGCAUUUAAAUACUUGGUCCACUGUCUUCAGUCAGAGCUUAAUAACUAUAUGCCUGCAUUCCUUGAUGAUCCAGAAGAGAAUAAUUCUCAAAGACCUAAAAUAGAUGAUGUCUUGCAUACAUUAACUGGAGCCAUGUCCCUGUUGCGACGAUGUAGAGUGAAUGCAGCACUGACAAUACAGCUGUUCUCCCAGUUAUUUCAUUUUAUCAACAUGUGGCUUUUUAACAGAUUGGUUACUGAUCCAGAUUCAGGAUUGUGUUCACAUUAUUGGGGAGCUAUUAUUCGCCAACAGUUGGGUCACAUAGAAGCCUGGGCAGAAAAACAGGGUUUGGAGUUGGCUGCUGAUUGUCAUCUCAGUCGGAUAGUACAGGCAACAACAUUACUUACUAUGGAUAAGUAUUCUCCUGAAGACAUUCCUAAUAUUAAUAGCACCUGUUUUAAACUCAAUUCCCUACAACUGCAUGCAUUGCUACAAAAUUAUCACUGUGCCCCAGAUGAGCCAUUUAUCCCACCAGAAUUAAUAGAAAAUGUUGUAGCUGUUGCAGAAAAUACCGCUGAUGAACUAGCUCGUAGUGAUGGUAGAGAAGUACAGUUAGAAGAGGACCCUGAUCUUCAGCUUCCUUUUCUUCUCCCAGAAGAUGGUUACUCAUGUGACGUUGUCCGAAACAUUCCAAAUGGAUUACAGGAAUUUUUAGAUCCACUCUGCCAAAGAGGGUUUUGCAGGUUAACACCUCAUCCACGAUCACCAGGAACUUGGACAAUAUAUUUUGAAGGUGCAGAUUAUGAAAGCCAUCUGUUACAAGACAAUGCAGAUUUGGCUCAGCCAUUGAGGAAAGAACCUGAAAUAAUCACUGUAACAUUAAAGAAACAAAAUGGGAUGGGAUUAAGCAUCGUUGCUGCUAAGGGUGCCGGUCAAGAUAAACUUGGCAUCUAUGUCAAAUCUGUGGUAAAAGGUGGCGCUGCAGAUGUGGAUGGUCGAUUGGCUGCAGGGGAUCAGCUGCUUAGUGUGGAUGGGCGUAGUUUGGUUGGACUUUCUCAAGAAAGAGCUGCAGAACUGAUGACAAGAACAGGAACAGUUGUCACGCUAGAAGUGGCAAAACAAGGAGCUAUUUACCAUGGUUUAGCAACACUAUUAAAUCAACCAUCUCCAAUGAUGCAAAGAGUUUCAGAUCGCCGUGGCUCAGGUAAACCCCGACCAAAGAGUGAAGGUUUUGAGCUAUAUAACAAUACUGCUCAGAAUGGAUCACCUGAAAGCCCUCAGCUGCCUUGGACAGAAUAUAAUGAACCAAAGAAGUUACCAGCGGAUGAUAGACUGCUGAAGAAUCGAGCUGAUCACCGAUCUAGUCCCAAUGUAGCAAAUCAGCCUCCAAGUCCUGGGACCAAAAAGGCUUAUACUGGAGGAACUACAAAUAAGAUAACUUCAGUGUCUACUGGAAAUCUUUGCACAGAGGAACAGAUACUACCAGCUAGACCGGAAGCAUAUCCAAUUCCAACACAAACUUAUACCAGAGAGUAUUUCACAUUUCCAGCCUCCAGGUCUCAGGAUCGAAUGGGCCCUGUUCAAAAUCAAUGGGCAAGUUAUGAAGAAAAGCCCCAAAUUCCUGCUGAAAGUAAUCACUAUAUCAAUAAUGCAAAUCAGCGCGUAACACGUUCUCAAGAGGAACUACGGGAUGAUAACAUUUAUCAGGCAGACAGGAAUCAAUUAGAAGUUGCCAUGCAAAAAGAUAUGGAAUAUAUGGAGAGAAAAUCAGAUAGCGAUCCAUGGAUGAAUUCUUCUGUGGAUUCUAGCACAUCAAGCCAGGAGCAUCUAAACAAUUCCUCUAAAUCUAUCCCCUCUGGAUCUUCUUUAACCAAAAGUGGACCUGGACGCUGGAAAACACCUAUAGUUACUCAAUCAAUGUUGCUGGCAGUUUCUCAGUCCACAAGGACAGACCUUCCUCCCCCUCCCCCUCCCCCACCCAUGCACUAUGCAGCUGAGUUUGAUGGACUGCAAAUGGAUUUACCUCUCCCACCACCACCUCCACCUGCAAAUCAGUUGGGGUCACAGUCCUCUCAGGUUGCUGCUGCUGCAGAGCACAAAAAGAGAGAAGAACACCAGAGAUGGUAUGAAAAGGAAAAAGCACGCUUGGAGGAAGAACGAGAUAGGAAACGUCGAGAGCAGGAAAGAAAACUGGGGCAAAUACGUGCUCAGCCACUAAUGCCGGCUCAGUCGUUGCUUCCUCCUCUUCAGCAGGGGAAACCAGAGAAACCUUCCACACUGCAGAGGUCUCAUGAGACUGUCAUUAGAGAAUUGCAGCCCCAACAACAGCCCCGAACCAUUGAACGGAGAGAUCUCCAGUAUAUCACCAUAAGUAAAGAAGAGCUGUCCUCUAGUGAUAGUCUGUCACCUGAUCCCUGGAAAAGAGAUGCUAAGGAGAAACUGGAGAAACAGCAGCAGAUGCAUAUUGUGGAUAUGCUAAGCAAAGAGAUUCAAGACCUUCAAAAUAAGCCAGAUCGAACUGGUGAAGAAAAUGACCGCCUGCGCAAGCUCAUGCUGGAGUGGCAGUUCCAGAAACGACUUCAAGAGUCGAAGCAAAAAGAUGAGGAUGAAGAUGAGGAAGAAGAUGAUGACAUUGAUACUAUGCUGAUUAUGCAACGACUAGAAGCUGAGAGAAGAGCAAGGUUGCAGGAUGAGGAGCGCAGACGGCAGCAGCAGCUGGAGGAAAUGCGCAAACGGGAAGCGGAAGACAGGGCCAGGCAAGAAGAAGAGCGUCGUCGCCAAGAGGAGGAGCGGACAAAGCGAGAGGCUGAGCAAAAGAGGCGACAGGAAGAAGAAUAUUAUAAUCGCUUGGAAGCAGAGAGGCGCCGCCAGCAUGAUGAAGCAGAACGGCGAUUGCUGGAACCUGAUGAGCCUGGUCUGUACAGACCUCCGCUUCCACGGGAAUAUGAAUUCCCCUCCCCACCCCUUUCAUCUAAUGCUCCUCCUCCCCCACCUCAACGAAACACUUCUUACCUCAAAACUCAGGUCCUCUCUCCUGACACAAUUUAUACUGCCAAGUUUGUUGCAUACAAUGAUGAGGAGGAGGAGGACUCCUGUCUAGCAACAGGUCAGGAUAAGUACACCAGUACAAGAAAGUCUUGCGGUGACAUUCCUCCUGUUCCCCCUAAGCCACAGCAGCCCUCCCGCCAGCCACGCCCAGCCUCAGAUGGCCUCUGUCUGUCCAACUCAUGCCAACCCUCCGCUGUCAAUACCAACAGUACUGCUAACAAAAUGAGCCAACCCCCUCCCCCACCACAAAAGCCAAGUUUCAUCAAUCCCAGCAACACAAAAGGCUCAAACUACACUGGAUCUACUGGAGCACUUGCAGGUUCACAGGAACCUUAUUCAGACCCAAGAGAAAAGAAAUUGAAAAGUCAAGAUACAGAUUUACCUGGUGCACCAGAGAACUUGACUUUCCGAGAACGACAAAGACUUUUUUCCCAGGGUCAAGAUGUGUCUAACAAAGUAAAAGCUUCCAGGAAAUUAACCGAAUUGGAAAAUGAAUUAAAUACAAAGUAGGAUACUGUAACUGUCAACUUGUCCAUUAAUCGGAAAAUCUCUAUGGAACUAGAGUUGGGGCAGUUCAAGGAGAAGAAGACUCUCAUACCAAAUGAGAUUUUUUUUUCUGUCUGGACUAUUUCUUUCUAGACUGUAUGUUGUUGCAAUAGCAAGAAAAUCAAUUAUUUGCCAAGUGCUUGUGGUUUAUACAAUUGAGGCACUGUAAAAUAUAUUUUAAUUAAAUAAAUCAAGUGUCAUGUCCUUUUCCACAUCAUUGUCCUUUAGCUGCUUUUGGAACUGUCUGGAAUUGUUGCUUCCUAGUCUUUACAAAACAUGUAAACAUCUGUUAAGCAGAAAGAGUGGCUGUAGCUUGAACUGCCUAAGUACCACUGCUUGUUGCACUGUAGGUUUGAUACAAGUGUAAGGUAAUGUAAAUUUUUAAGAGAUCUUGGGAGCUAGUCUUUCAGAUUACUAGCAUAACAGUGAACACUAGUAUUAGGAGUCCAAUUUCUACAGAUAAACCUUUGCUAUAAACACACUUGAUUAUUAGAAGUAAAAGGGCUCCAUUAUCAUGUCCAUACUAAGCCACACGGAGUAAUCUAUGUACAUCUGGAUUUUGGACAUUAAAUACUUGACUUGUUUUGAUGGCAGCCCAGCAAUGUAACAAGAUAUGCAUCCUAUUUUUUCCACUGUCUUAUCUCUUCUUACACUGAAGUAUUAAUCACUUCUAAAACUUGAGUUUUGAAACAUUGAUAAGAAUUUAAAAAAUAAAUCAUAUUGGACACUGGGUAUGGUGGUGUGUGCGCGUGUGCGUGUGUAUGUCUUGUUUUAAAGCUAUUUUGAAAUUUCACACUUUAGCAAUAUGGAAUAAACUUCAUCUGGUAACUCCUUUGUAGCCAAGAUAAAACCAAAGUUAAAUAUUCACAAAUGGACUAAAGAUGUCAAUUAUCAGUAGCAGGCAAUUAAGCACUACUCGCAGGGAAAAUACGGUUACUUGUGGCUGCAAAAGGAAAAAAAAAUUGCCUUUCAGUAAGAAUUUCCUUUGAGGGAACUUGGCAAUAUUCUGAUGGCAUGUCCUCAGACAUUCGUGUAGAAAAGUGCUGGUCAAGGUACCUCUAGUUUGCUAUUGUUCUUUUUCUUUAUAUUGUAGAAGAUGUUGGCAGUUCAAGCUAUUUUACACACUAUGUUGCAGGAUUAUUUAAUUUUUAAAUGGUUGAAAUCUGUUUCACCCACUGAUGUUUCAGCUAUGUGUAUAUAGCUGACGUUAAGAAUAAAGACCUCAUCUUAGUUUGUUUUUGCAUUGUGUGAUGUUUAAAACAAUAUAUUAUAUUGUGAUUCUAAGCAAAUUUUCUAUUUGAUAAAAGUCCUUAAUUGGGUUUUAGAUGAUUUUUCUGUAUAAUAUGUUCUCUUAUAAAUAUAUAUUUAGGGAAUUAUGCACAUUUCCAAAUGCAGAGGGUAGACUUUACUGCCUUAGAAAUCACUUUUAAUAAGAGUUGUAUGAUAAAAAAAUAAAUGCAAGUUAAUGAUAAAAUUGGAGUGUAAAUAUUUUUUUUACAUAGUUCAGGUUUCUUAUUUGAAAGUGUUCUUUUAAUUUUCACCUGUUAAAUAUGAAGUAGGAGAUUAAAUUGGUUGAAAGUGUUAAUGAAGGAUUGCAUGCUUGUUAUGUCUGUUAUUCAGGGAAAAAAGGAGGUGCCCCCCCAAUUUAUCUUGAGAACACUAGAUAUUCUGUGGCUGGAAUACUGUUGCUGCUAGAAUUUAAGGAAAGAAAUAUUACUUACUGUGGAGUGGAUGUGAACA